ACUCAGUCCCCAGCACUCGGCACCAUGCUCCGUCUGCAGAUCGCCUGCUGCUGCCUGCUGGCCGCCGCCGCGCUGGCCAAGCCACAGGCCAAACAAGCGUGGAAGAAACCCAAUUCGAUUGACUUCGAUGACACGACUAUUACCGCUGUACCGUUUGAUGAAAACGGUGUGAAGAACGAUGACCCCGAGCCGCUGCCUAUGGAAAGGGAAAACGGAUUUGCUCGUGAAGUGUAUGAGAUCACUCUAGAGCCUGCAAAUUACUACUGGAUUUCAGAAAACUAUCCGAACAACUACCCAAACAAUAUUGACGUCGGUCUGAGGCUGCGAGGCAGUGCUAACCAGGAGAUCAGCAUCAGCUGUGACCCGUUCCAACUCGAGUACCACCCAAGCUGCGAUUGGGACUAUCUGUCCAUCAACGGCCAGAAGUUUUGUGGCACUAGAACGGUGCCUUCCAUCAAGAGCACGUUGCUGACCAUCGACUUCCACACAGACUACUCGGUGACUGACAAGGGCUUCUACUGUCGCAUCGUGGUGCCGGAGCCUGGCACUCAGACGACCCCGAGCCCCAGCACCGACUGCCAGUGCGGCGUCCGUCAGACCCGCGUGGUGGGCGGCACGGACGCCACCGCCGGCCAGUUCCCGUGGCAGGCCGGCAUCGUCAGCACCGGCAACACCCGCUCCUGGUGCGGCGGCAGCGUCAUCAACAACCGCUACGUGCUGACGGCGGCCCACUGCACCGACGGCAAAGACGCCAGCCAGAUCCAGGUGAUGCUGGGCGACCUGCGCAUUGGCACUACCGACGCCGGCGAGCAGCGCUUCUCGGUCGUCCAGAUCAUCGAACACCCGCAGUACACGAGCGCUACGGGCAGCGGCUGGGACUUCUCGCUGCUGAAGUUGGAUCGCGAGAUCACCUUCAGCAACACCAUCUCGCCCGUCUGCCUGGCCGAGGCCGGCCAGACGUACGCCGACGUCACGGCCAUCGCCAGCGGCUACGGCCGUGUGGGCGCCGAUGAACCUCAGGCUACCACGCUACAGCAUGUUCAGCUGCCCGUCUGGAGCCAGAGCCGCUGCCAGGGCAACUGGGGCACCACGCUCAAGAGCAACAUGAUCUGCGCCGGAGGCUACCCAGAGGGAGGCAGGUCGGUCUGCAUGGGCGACAGCGGCGGCCCGCUGGUGACCGAGGUCUCCGGCCGGUUCCGUCUGAUCGGCGUCGUCUCGUUCGGCCGGCCGUGUGCCUUGGCCAACAGCCCCGACGUGUUCGCCCGCGUCACCGAGGCGCUGACUUGGAUUCAGUCGAACACGGCUGACGCCCAGUACUGCACGGCCUGAGACCAACUACUGCAGUGCCUGAGGCCCAGUACUGUAGCGUCUGAGGCAGAUUCGAACAAUUGAACUAUUGAACUGACAGGACCUGAUGUUCCUACAAUCUUUGCUAUCUGCUUUUGGUCUAGACCCACUUUUCUACUCAACUAUAAGGGGAAAUACAUCGUCGCAACUC